AUGGAAUAUAUAUCGCCUGUAAAUAAUUUAGCUCCUAAUGCAACUAGUGUAUUGUGCUGCCAAUGUGGAUUGGCAAUUGAAGCGAACCCAUCUAACAUGUGUGUUGCAUGUCUAAGGGCGCAUGUUGAUAUCACUGAGGGUAUACCAAAACAAGCAACUAUAUUUUUUUGCAGAGGCUGUGAAAGAUAUUUACAACCUCCUGCUGAAUGGGUAGUCUGUGCCCUCGAAUCACGAGAACUUUUGGCCCUUUGCUUAAAAAGACUAAAAGGCCUUAACCGAGUAAAGCUGGUUGAUGCUGGAUUUGCUUGGACUGAACCACAUUCCAAGAGGAUUAAGGUGAAAAUAACAGUGCAAGGUGAAGUAAUGGGUGGAGCAGUUCUUCAACAAACAUUCAUUGUGGAGUAUGUAGUACAGCACCAAAUGUGCGAUGCUUGCCAUCGUUCAGAGGCACAGAAUUAUUGGCGUGCAUUAGUUCAAGUUCGUCAACGUACUAACAACAGAAAAACAUUUUAUUACUUGGAACAAUUAAUUCUAAGACACAAGGCGCAUGUUAAUACACUCGGAAUUAAACCUAAACAUGAUGGUUUGGACUUUUUCUACGCUACAGAAAAUCACGCUAGGAAAAUGGUUGAUUUUAUUCAAUCAGUGCUGCCAAUAAAAUGCCAGCACUCAAAAAAAUUAAUUUCUCAUGACAUUCACAGCAAUGUCUACAACUAUAAAUUCACAUUCAGUGUUGAAAUUGUACCGCUAUCGAAGGAUAGUAUUGUGUGUUUACCGAAGAAAUUGACUCAGAGCUUAGGAUCAAUCUCUCCAGUGUGCUUAGUUCAGCGAGUAACUAGUACCGUACAUUUAAUCGAUGCAUACACAGGGCAAGUUUCUGAACUAUCAUCCACUCAAUAUUGGCGAAAUCCAUUCAGUGCAAUUUGUAAUCCGAAGCAGUUGGUGGAGUAUAUUGUAAUGGACAUAGAGAUACUAAAAGAGCAUGAAAAGAAGUCAUUCCCAGGUCAAGGCACAGUUUCCAAUAAGCAUGUGUUAGCAGAUGUAUGGGUGGUGAAGGCUAAUGAACUUGGUCUAGACAUAAGUCCAGUGCACACUAAAACACAUCUAGGACAUAUAUUGAAACCUGGUGAUACCGUUUUGGGAUAUAACCUAGGCGAGUCCAACGUGAACGACGCGAAUUUAGACAAGUUAGACCGCAGCGUUAUUCCUGAUGUCUACCUCGUUAAGAAAUACUAUGGAGAAAAAGCUGCCCGACGUCGGGCGAGGGCCUGGAAACUGAGACAUAUGCAUGAAAACGCCGCCAGUGUUGACGAGGACUACAACGAAUUCCUGGACGAUUUAGAGGAGGACCCAACUCUGAGGCAGAAUAUUAACAUAUUUAAAGACGAAAACAAGAUACCAGUGGACACAGACGAGAUAGACCCGGCCCUGCCGCGGAUAACCCUCGCCGAAAUGUUGGACGAUUUGGUCAUUGAAGAUGUAGAUAUGACAGAAGUGUAGAAUAUGCAGAAGUUUUCAAAUAAAUGUUUUUAAAAUA